AUAUGGCUUUUACUUUGAACCUGCUGACCGGAAGUUAUGUAGCUCACCAGGACCGCCUUGACAGUUAUGUGAAGAUGGCGGCAUACUGUCGCUCUCCGUUGCUGCCGCUGCUGUUGUUCUCGGCUGUUUGUAUCAGCAGUGUCGUUUCCGUUCUCGUGAAGGCGGCGAAUAGCCCGGUCGAACUGCCCAACCCGCCCGUCGUCAGAGCCGUCGACCUGCCGGUCAAGGAUGCACCUGCCGCCGCUGGGGCCUCGCAGCCUCGAAGGGCGACCGGUUGGAAGCUGGCGGAGGAGGAGGCCUGCCGGGAGGACCUGACCCGUCUCUGCCCCAAGCACACCUGGACCAACAACCUGGCCGUUCUGGACUGCCUGCAGGACCGCAGAGAGCAGGAAACCGAUAUUGCUCCAGACUGCAACCAUCUUCUGUGGAACUACAAACUCAAUCUGACCACAGAUCCAAAGUUUGAGUCCGUGGCGAUGGAGGUCUGCAAGAGCACCAUCGCUGAGAUAAAGGAGUGUAAUGAGGAGGAGCGGGGGAGGGGCUAUCUGGUGUCCUGCCUGGUGGAUCACCGUGGAAACAUCAGUGAGUACCAGUGCAACCAGUACGUCACGAAGAUGACCAGCAUCAUCUUCAGUAACUACAGACUAAUCUGCGGCUUCAUGGAUAAAUGCAAAGAGGACAUCAACAACCUUCGCUGUGGCAGCAUCAGUGUAGGACACAAGGAUAUCCACUCCCAGGGCGAGGUGAUCGCCUGUCUCGAGAAGGCGCUGGUGAGGGAGGCGGAGCAGCAGGAUCACGUUCGGCCAAUCAAAGAAGAGUGUCAGAAAGCCAUCCUGCGGGUGGCAGAGCUGUCGUCCGACGACUUUCACCUUGACAGACAUCUUUACUUCGCCUGCAGAGACGACCGUGAGAGAUUCUGCCAGAAUAUUCAAGCUGGAGAAGGAAAAGUCUACAAGUGUCUGUUUAAUCACAAGUUUGAAGAGGCCAUGUCAGAAAAGUGCCGCGAUGCCCUGACGACCCGUCAGAAGCUUAUCUCCCAGGAUUACAGAGUCAGUUACUCUUUGGCUAAAGCUUGUAAGAUGGACCUGAGGAAGCAGCGCUGCAGCCUGGACACCAACAUGCCGCGAGGCCGCGAAGCCCGACUGUCGUACCUACUCCUAUGCCUCGAGGCCGCCGUGCACCGCGGCCGUCCGGUCAGCGGGGAGUGUCAGGGAGAGAUGCUGGACUACCGACGGAUGCUGAUGGAGGAUUUUUCUCUAAGUCCAGAGAUCGUUCUUCACUGUCGGACAGAAAUUGAAGCUCAGUGCUCCGGCCUGCACCGUAAAGGCCGCACGCUGCACUGCCUGAUGAGAAUUGGCCGCGGCGACCGCAGCACCAGUGUGGACAGCGUCUGCCAGAGUGCACUGCAGACCCUGAUCCAAUCUGCCGACCCCGGAGCUGACUACCGGAUCGACCGAGCGCUGAAUGAGGCCUGCGAGUCCGUAAUCCAGACAGCCUGCAAACACAUCCGCAGCGGAGACCCAAUGAUCCUGUCGUGUCUGAUGGAGCACCUAUACACUGAGAAGAUGGUGGAAGACUGUGAGCACCGGCUGCUGGAGCUGCAGUAUUUCAUAUCCAGAGACUGGAAACUGGACCCCAUCCUGUACAAGAAGUGCCAGAACGAUGCCGCUCGACUCUGCCACACACACGGCUGGAAUGAAACCAGCGAGCUCAUGCCCCCAGGAGCCGUUUUCUCCUGUUUGUACCGCCACGCCUAUCGUACAGAGGAGCAGGGGAGGCGGGUUAACCCAGAUGAGAAGUUAUCUCGAGACUGUAAAGUGGAAGUUCAUAGGAUCCUCCACCAGAGGGCGAUGGAUGUUAAGUUGGACCCAGAGCUACAGAAACGCUGCAUGACCGACCUCGGCAAGUGGUGCAGCGAGAAGACAGACACAGGGCAGGAGCUGGAGUGUCUGCAGGAACAUUUGGAGGACCUGGUUUCCGGCUGCAGGGAUGUUGUGGGCAACUUGACGGAGCUGGAGUCAGAGGACAUCCAGAUAGAUGCCCUGCUCAUCAGAGCCUGCGAGCCCGUCAUUCAGACCCACUGCCAUGACGUGGCCGACAACCAGAUCGAUACAGGUGAUCUGAUGGAGUGUUUGGUUCAGAAUAAACACCAGAAGGAGAUGAACGACAAGUGUGCAGUCGGCGUCACACACUUCCAGCUGAUUCAAAUGAAGGAUUUUCGGUUCUCCUACAAGUUCAAGAUGGCCUGCAAGGAGGACGUUCUGCGCUUGUGUCCAAACAUAAAAAAAAAGGUUGAUGUUGUGAUCUGCCUCAGCACCACAGUGAGAAACGACACGCUGCAGGCGGUCAAAGAGCAGCGGGUGUCCCUGAAAUGUCGCAAACAGCUGCGAGUGGAAGAGCUGGAGAUGUCGGAGGAUAUUCGGUUGGAACCAGACUUGUAUGACCCCUGCAAGUCCGACAUCAAUCGUCUGUGUCCCAACAUGGCGUUUGGUAAUGCUCAGAUGAUCGAGUGUCUGAAGGAACAGAAGAAGCAGCUCAGCCCGCGAUGCCACCAGCGGAUAUUCAGGCUGCAGGAGGUGGAGAUGAGCGACCCAGAGCUCGACUACCAGCUGAUGAGAGUCUGCAAGCAGAUGAUCAAGCGUUUCUGUACUGAAGCAGAUGCCAGGAACGUCCUUCAGUGCCUGAAGCAGAACAAGAACAGUGAGCUGAUGGAUCCCAAGUGUAAACAGAUGAUUACCAAAAGACAAAUCACACAGAACACAGACUACAGGCUGAACCCAGUGCUGAGGAAAGCUUGUCGAGCAGACAUUCCCAAGUUCUGCCAGUCCAUCCUGAACAAGGCGAGCGAGGACAGCGAGCUGGAGGGUCAGGUCAUCGCCUGCCUUAAACUUAAAUAUGCUGACCAGAGGUUGUCUCCAGACUGUGAAGACCAGAUCAGAGUGAUUCUCCAGGAAUCUGCGCUCGACUAUAGACUCGACCCACAGCUGCAGAUGCACUGCUCAGAUGAGAUCUCCAGACUGUGUGCGGAGGAGGCAGCUGCUCAGGAGCAGACCGGUCAGGUGGAGGAGUGUCUAAAAGUCAACCUGCUGAAAAUCAAACAGGAAGCCUGUAAAAAGGAAGUCCUGAACAUGCUAAAGGAGAGUAAAGCAGACAUCUUUGUGGACCCGGUCCUCCACACGGCCUGCGCUCUGGACCUCAAACACCACUGUGCCGCCAUCACGCCGGGCAGAGGACGACAGAUGUCGUGUCUGAUGGAGGCGUUACAAGACAAGAGGGUUCGCCUGCAGCCUGAGUGUAAGAAAAGACUUCAAGACCGCAUCGACAUGUGGAGCUAUGCUGCAAAGGUGGCGCCACCAGACGGCUUCUCAGACCUGGCUGUACAGGUGAUGACGUCGCCCUCCAAGAACUACAUCCUGCUGGUGAUCGCGCUCUGCGUGUGUGUCCUCUUCCUGGUGGGGCUGCUGUGCGGUCGGAUCACAAAGCGAGUGACCAGAGAACUUAAAGACCGCUAAAGGACGAGCUUCCGAACAUGCUAGCUAACUGCACCUUCCCUUCCUCCCCUUCUUCCUCCUCCUCCUCCACUCAGAUGUCCGGUCUGCAACCAGCCACCACAUCUGGACCCCCUUCCUUUCUUUAAAAGUGAAUCCCUUCAAUCUCCGUUUGGGUAUCUCCAAACUCAAAAGGAGCAGCACUUUUCUGAUUGGAUCGUCUGAGGAUGUUUGGGGAGCAUAAGCGGAGCUGUCCAGCAUCUUUAAGUUUCCCGAUAAGCGCUGUUGUUGAUGUGACAGAGAGCUGCUGCUUCUGAGGAUGAAAUUGCUUUCCAAUGGAUCAGUCCUGUUGCUUUUUUCCUCUUUUUUGUUUUUUAAAUAUAUAUCUAUAUAUAUAUUUAAUGGUGACAGGAGCAUUUGUUUGACUGCAGAUGCCUGUCACAUGACAAACUUUGCGGUUGAAUUCUGAAAAGAUCCUGUUUUAAUCUUCAUCAGCCAUGAAGCCCAAGUCCCCUCCGCAGGACAUCUCUACAUGUUGACCAGUUCAGGCCUCCUUUAUUUUUUUGCAAAAGACUGAAAAUGAAGGUCAAGCUGGUCGCUAUUAACAAGAAUGUUGUGUGCACAUUGUUUUUUUAUUUUAUUAAUUUAAAUGCUAAUUUCGUUGUCAUUUCUUUUUCUUCCAUGCCUUAUUUAUUGAUCAUUUCUUACUGUUUUGUUGUUAUCAUGUGUGAACAUAAUCUUUUUCUGGUCAUCCAGCUGAACAGAAAUGCUAAAGUGUUGCGGUCAGACCUUCAGCGGGCCACACAGAGCAGAGCAGCCGAGUACAAUGACAUAAUGAACAAUAAUUAAACCUUAAAUAAGCUGCUAAAUCAUCCUAAUUCUUCCCUGUCAGGCUGUGUUUACUUUUCAGGCUUUUGGUGUUGGAGCUCAUCUUUUAAAAAACAUUUUAAACCUUCAUCUAGGGGAUUAUUCCAGCUGGUAAAAUUUUAAGUUGAAUAAUAAUCUAGAGUUGUAUCUGGUUUUAAAGGUACUAUAACACCUGCUACGUGCAGGUGUCUGGUCAUACACCUAUAUUCACAUUUCUCUUCAGACAUUGGCCAUUACGUAUCAGACAGUAAACAUUUAAAAUAUUUUGAGGUUUUUCCUGGGACAGGUGAGAUAUUUCUUUUUUUAUUUUGUAUUUAUUUUUUAAGAGGUCGUUUGGAAAACUUUGUGGUCCGUAUGCUUUCCACUUGAAGGAUCAGAAGGGAUUUGUAAAGUGCGAGUUAGCCGGAUGAAUCAAUGGCCUGUCAGAGUGGACGGGUGUGAGGAAAAUAAAAAUCCUUACAAAAAAAGUAAAAAUGUAACACAAACAAAUUUAUUAGAGGUACAGACUAGAUGGCUUUACUGAUGUUAGUCUGAAACUUCAUAAUCAAAGUGAAAAUAGCUUUGAUUCCUUCCCAUAAAAAUAUAGUACACUCACCAGCCACGUCAUCAGCUCCACCUUGCUGGUACCAGGUUGGACCCCCUUUUGCUUCAGAA